AUGGCUCAAAACCAGGCCGAACACGAACCCGUUCUUAAUACGGAGCGCCAUAUCAAAUACUACCUCCGAUGCCUGAAGACCUUCCUCCCAUCGGCUUAUACAUCCAAUGACUCCAAUCGCAUGCUCCUCGCUUUCCUCACAUUGACGGGUCUGGAUGUGUUGGACUCGCUGAACAGCAAAACCACGCCUGAAGAGCGCCAGACUUACAUCGACUGGGUGUAUCACUGCCAAGUACCCUCUGGGGGAUUCCGCGGAUUCUCGGGCACAGAGUUUGGCGCUGGGAAGCGCAGACCGGAGAAUGAGGCCUGGGAUCCGGCAAAUGUGCCGGCGACUUUCUUUGCCUUGGUUAACUUGCUUGUUCUUGGUGAUGAUCUGGCUCGCGUGAAGCGGGAGGAGUGUUUACGGUGGCUUCCGAGGUUACAGCGUGGGGAUGGGAGUUUUGGAGAGGUUCUUGGUCCAGGCGGGAGUUACGAUGGUGGCAUGGCUGAGUCUCCAUACCGUGAAGCACACAUUGGAUCUCUAGAGUUUCUGCGUCGGGCAUCAGUUGACACCCGAUCGGUGCAGCUGUUGUCGCCUGGGUCUCUUCAGUUUGAGACUCUGGUUGCAUGGUUGGCAUCGCGGCAGACGAGCGAACUGGGGGACGAGAAUGACGAUGAUGAGGAUGACAGUGAAGACGAGGAUGAUGCGGAAAAUAAUAACGAUACUACCACUCACUCGCAGACGAUAGACACAGAUAUUGAGUCCCUCCGUCUAUUAGAUGACAAGAUCCUUUCACUUCCCAAGAUCGCAUCGAUACCCGGCGACACAAUACCCUGUGCCGGUUUCAACGGCCGAUGCAACAAAGUGGCGGACACUUGUUAUUCGUUCUGGAAUGGGGCAACACUGGCGAUGCUCAACCGGUCUGCGGUAAUCGAUGACGUUCGCAAUCGGCGAUAUCUUUUAGACAGGACGCAACAUCUCGUGGGUGGCUUUGGAAAAGUCCCGGGCGAUGCCCCCGAUCUCCUCCACUCAUGUUUUGGCCUCGUUUCGCUCGCCUUUCAAGGUGAGGCUGGCCUCGCUCGCGUCGAUCCUGCGCUGGUCACUACUGAACGCGUCGUGCGACAUCUGGAAUCAUUGCCGUGGCAUAUGUAG